AUGGCGUGUGAAAGAUUUGGGGUGUUUAAAAGUGUUAACAGAACUAUUGUUUGCCAAAAUACAGUAGCUCGACGUCAAAGAAGAAAACCGAGGAAGACGGGAACAAAGAAAUGUAAUUUUCCUUUUCGGUUGAGGAUCACAUGUGUUGAUGGAAAAAACUGGAAAUUAUGGGUUUUUCAGGGCCAACACAAUCACUCCCCUUAUGACACACUAAUUGGCCAUUCAUUUUCGGGUAGGUUAAAUCCUGAGGAAAAAGACUUGUGCAUUUCUCUGUCAGUUAAUGGAGUCAAACCGGCUCUAAUUUUAUCUACUAUGAAAAGUCGCCAUUCCAAGAAUGUCUCAACUGCAAGGACAAUAUACAAUGUCAAGUCCAAAUUCAGGAUAAAAGCAAUGGAGGGGCGAACGAAGAUGCAGAAAUUAUUGCAGUUAUUAGACGUACACCAUUAUGUAACGUCGAACAAAAGAGAAACAAAUUCAGGAAGAGUGUUAGAAUUAUUUUGGUCACACCCGGAUGGUUCUAAGCUUGCUCAAUGUUUUCCCACCGUGCUCCUACUAGAUUGUACUUAUAAAACGAAUCGUUGGUCUAUGUCGCUAUUUCAUGCUGUUGGUGUGACACCUACCUCUCUAAGUUUCACAAUUGCGUACUGUUUUAUGUCUGCAGAGAAGACCGAGAAUUACAUCUGGGCUCUACAACAAUUAAGGCAGUUGUAUUCAUCUAGUAAUCUUCCAUCGGUAAUAGUCACAGAUGACGAUCAACAACUACAGAAUGCUGUAAAUCUAAUCUUUCCUGAAGCUACACGACUUUUAUGUACUUACCACAUCUCAUGUAACGUGUCUUCCCAUUUCGAGAAGGAUAUAGCCAGCAGCAUAACGGAAGAUCUUGAAGAUAUUAAACAAGAUUGGGAAACUUUAUGGAGGUUUGCAGACCAUGCACUGUACGAGAUUAAUUUAGCUUACUUUCUCAAGGCUUGGAGCAUGCUAUAUCCCACCACAGUAAGUUAUUUGCGUACUCAAUGGUUGGCUCGUAAAGAACAGUUUGUUUAUGCAUUGACAAAUAAUAUUCUACACUUGGGUAAUACAACUACAAACCGAGCUGAAAGCGAACAUGCGGCACUAAAGAAUUUUCUCCGGUGCUCAACUGGUGAUUUUCUCAAAUGUUGGCAAGAUAUGGACAACCAAUGGGUAACACGAGUCAUCAACAUUCGAGCUUCAUUAGAAAAGCAAAACCGUUGCUGUACACGUAUAUAA